GUCAGCACAGCACAUUGGACAGCACAGCCCUGCCCUCAGAACCAAACUACAAGAUCAACAAGGGCAAAGCUGUUUUCUCGUUGUCCCCAACAGCAACCCGUUGCCCUUAAACGAAGGAGCGUCCUUCCUCGAAAGGUUGAACAGUUUGCAGGUGUCCACUCCAAAGGAUCCAUCACAUCUUCUCAUCUGAUACUCAGUCUUUGGAUUUAAACCUUUCCCUUACUCAACCAUGACUGUUUCAGUCUUCUCCAGUCUUGGGUUUAUAUGCUCUCUGAAUGUCCUGCUUCUGAUGUUGACUGGUUUGAGCUUGAGCAGUCCCAUCAGAUCUCCUGAGAACCAUCACAGGGCUUCAGUCGGUAGGGGCGUGGGUGAUAAUCCGCUACUUGAUACGCAGGACAUUCUGAGCCAUUUUCUGUCCACAAUGAACCUCACAGAGCUGAGGCCCCUGCCCAAGCCCCUCGCUGCCCAUAAGGAGCCACCAGAGUACAUGCUGGAGCUGUACAACCGAUUUGCCCAUGACUACACUGCUGUGCCUUCAGCCAACAUUGUGCGCAGUUUCAAGAACGAAGACUCCUCCAUAUACAGUAUAACAACCAGAGGUGUAAGGAUACAUCCCCUGCUCUUCAACAUCUCAAUGCGCCCCCAUGAACACAUAACAAUAGCUGAGCUUCACCUUUUCACCCUGGUCCAGAGAGCCCAAAGACCAUAUGCUGGCAUUGACUGCAAGGUGACCAUCUACAAAAUACACGAAGGCAUUGUUUGGACAAAAGAGGUGGGGAAAGAAGGGAGAAGGAGGGCUAAAGAGGAGGUGGUAGAGAUGAAGGAUUUGGAGGAACUGGUGACAAAGCAUAUCCAUGCCAAAGAUAACAGCUGGGUGUCAUUUGACCUGACUCAUGUGGUUACACUCUGGCAGAAGUCAGGGUGUGCAACUCACAGACUGGAGGUUCAUAUUGUAGGUCUGGGGUCAGAGGAAGAAGGGGCCACACAAGAGGUCACAGAGGAGGGCGGGAGGUUGGUUGAGAUUGAUAUCGACAGGAGGUUGGAGGGGAAACACAAUGCAGUGAUCAUUGUCUUCUCCGACGAUCAGAGCAGAGACCACAAAGUGGAUAAACAAGAGCUCAACCAGAUGAUUGAACAUGAGAAUGACCUUCCUGAAAACAUGGGCCUCAGCCAACAGCCUUUAUGGGGGCAUGUUAAUCACGACACUGGCCUCACUGACCAGGACGAGCUGGACAAACAGUCUCUCCUGCAACUGCAGUCCAACCUUAUCUAUGACACACCUUCCCGAAUCCGUCGCAAUGUUAAGAGCGAGUCAUGCAAGAGGACCCCACUGUUUGUGGAUUUUAAAGACAUUGGCUGGGAUACGUGGAUCAUCCAGCCUCUGGGUUAUGAGGCAUAUGAGUGCAACGGCGUGUGCAACCCACCUAUGACCUCUGAGGUCUCGCCUACCAAACAUGCCAUUGUGCAGUCACUGCUGAGUGUUAAGAGUCCAGAGAAGGUAUCGCGUGCCUGCUGUGUACCCACUAAGUUGGAGCCAAUCUCACUCCUUUAUCAUGAAAACGGUGUGGUCACUUUCAAACACAAGUAUGAGGGAAUGGUGGUGGCAGAGUGUGGCUGUAGAUAGUCAUAAUGGAUAGUAAGUGAUGCUAUUACACAGAGACAGACUGUGCACUGACGAUGGAGCUAAAUAAAUGAUCUAUCUAUCUAUCUAUCUAUCUAUCUAUCUAUCUAUCUAUCUGUCUAUCUGUCUAUCUAUCUAUCUUCAUGUGCUUGUUUCCACAGUAUCUCAGAUCUCAUACAGUGGUGUGUAAAAACACAAGUCUAGACUUAGUUGUAAAUUAGGGAUGGACACAGAUCUGUGCUAUAUGAUGUACAUUUGUAAUUGUAUAAAGGUAAAUCAGUUGUUAUUAUUACAUUAUUGUAGAAUACAAAGCUUUCAAAAUAUCCUUUUGAAACAGUCUGAGGUGAUUUAUUGUAAUUAUUUGCAGAUUUUUGGAUUUCAGAAUGGUUUUGCGUAAGUUUCACAAUUUAUUGUACAUGAGAGUAGCUGACCAUGUUCUUGCAAAAAUGGCAUCAGUGCCAUGUGACAAAGUAACAGGCAAAAGAAGAAGAGAAAAGAAAGAAAACAAACAUCCUAGUAAACAAGCCUCUUCCACCUUUUACAAAUGAACUGAGCCCCAAAGUCAAAAGGUUAAAAAAUGAUAUCACUCAUAGUGACAACCUUCUUAGUAAAUUAUAAAAAUUUAUUUGAGAUCCAUCACAAAUCUGCACUACAGUGCAAUGCUUCAGAAUACAGAAUCUGACAAUCCUUUGGGUUAUUUCAGUGCUGAUGCUGGCUGCCUUUUCAUCCCACAGUUUUCUCAAAACUUAUUCUACUUUAUGGUAGGCCACCAGAUUAUAAUGAUUUGCACUACCGAUAGUAUAUUUCAAACAUGAAAAAUUUCUUAAAUUCAGCUAUAAUUGAGUCGUAGUCUUUACAAAUAGAUUAACAUGCUGCAGAUUUCUAAAUGGUAUAAUUUAUUUUUAUGCCUUAUGGCAUAAAAAAGCUGAUCUUUUUCCUCUUGUUUAGUUGCAGAAAAUAUAUUUUUGCUGGCUUUUAAUCUUUAGGAUUUCUUGUCUGAAAACUGCGCAGUUUCUCUUGCCUAACAUUUGUAUCGACUCCUGUGAAAUCUUUCUUUGCACCUCAGCCAUUCACAUCCUGCUUUUGGUUUUCCACCUACAUUAAUCCUAUUAUGCUUGUUAAAAUAAAACAUCUGAAAACAAGUAUAUUCACUG